AAGUGACGCGCCAGGGUCUGGCCGGCUGGGGCGCCUGCAGUCGCUCGGGGUUUCACACGGUGUAGAGACAGAUCGGCAUGGCUCUUCUUCUCUUCGUCGUGGUUUUGCUGGCCGGGAACAAGGUUGAGAUGAGCGCCUUGGAUCCGGAGCUGUCCUCGGUGCCAGGACCGACCAAUCUUACAAUUGAGGCCUUUAACAUGAAUACUCACUUUAACUGGGAGUAUCCAGCCGUGUCUCAGACCCCUGUCUUUACUGUACAGGUAAAGACCUAUUGGCGUGCAAAAUGGGUUGAUGCCUGCAACACAUCUAAUCAUUAUUGUUAUAUCACUUCCCUUGUUGAUGAUCCAUCAACCCCUCUCUGGGCCAGAGUGAAAGCUAGGCUUGGACAGAAUGAAUCAUCAUAUGUACAGUCAAAAGAAUUUACUUUGUGCAAACAAGGAAAAAUUGGGCCACCUACAUUAGAUAUCAGAAUAAAAGGAGGAGAAGUCAUUACUGACAUAUUUCAUCCGUUAAGUAUGAUAAAUGAGUCAUAUGCCUUAUAUGAUGAAGAAAACGCUUGUUACUCUUUUAUAUACAAUGUGUAUGUGAAGGUACAUGAAAAUGAGACCAUAGAUAAAAUUCAGAAGUACAUUGAAAAUGAUUGCAAUGAGACCCAGUGCCAAUUCAAAAUUCCACUACAUACUCUGCGUCAUAAAUACUGUGCUUCAGCAGCGCUUCUACUGAGUUCGAACUACUGUGUGUCAGCAGAAGGCUUCUCAGAAGAGUGGUCUGUCACAACUGAAAUGUCCCCAGAAUCUUGUAUUGCCAUUUGUAGCGUUAAUGGUAACAACAUUGAAGGUUAUAUUUGGAUUCCAAUUUCUGUUGCUGUCCUCCUCUUUCUCUUAAUUAUCCUGGUAUUUGGAUGUUACCGCUUAAAAAAGAUUCACUCAUUUAAGAGAGAAAGCAUCAUGUUACCCAAAUCCUUGAUGUCUGUGGUUAAAAAUGCCUCUUCAGAAGCAAAACCUGAGUCAAAAUAUAUAUCACCCAUCACCUGCCAGCCAGUUGACACAGAAAAUGAGCAGGUGAUCUUUGAAGAGCAGCUGUCUUCUCUGUCAACAAUUUCAGGUCACACGGAAGACAAUCUUGGAAGAGCAGAACACAAAGAGUGUGUUGAUGCGACAAAAGUGGUGGCCUCUGAAACACAUAUGUCCACCGUGGUGCCUGAGAGCCCUCUGACCCCAGUGAAGAGAGACAAUUCUUUGCACUCAGGGAGCAAUCAGUCUGAACUCUGUAGCGUCACUUUGAAUUCUUACCACUCCAGAAAUGGGUCUGAUAGUGGCGUCGUGGAAUCGGACAGCUUCUUCUCUGACACAGAAUUUUCUUCAAAUAAUAAAAGUGAAAUAAAGACAGAGAGACAAGAGCCCAUGAUGCUCAGAAAUACCUUUGGCUACGAUAAGCCGCAUGUGUUGGUAGACCUGCUUGUGGAUGAUGAUGGUGGUAAAGAGUCCCUGAUUGGUUACAGACUCACAGCAGAAUCCAAGGAGUUCUCCUGAGAUCAACUGAGAUGCACCAACUUGGAAGCAUCCUGAGCAGUUUGUCUGUCAUGAUUUCAUGGAGAGUUCAUGAUUUCAGAAAUGGUAUCAUUGUUAUUAACCAAUUGCAUUAUCUUGGUUUAGUUAAAAAUCAAAGAGACUGACAUUUCGUUGGCAAACCAUAGACUUUUUAAAAAAGACAGCAAGUCCUUGUCACAGAUGUGCCUUUCCAUGUGGGCAGUUCAGCAUUAAAGGUGAACACCUGUCAUAACCCGAAUCAUGUGAUAAGUGGUGACACCCUGGUCUCCCUUCUGCACACAUCAGGAUUCAUUUUCUUUUUCUAUGCCUCAUUUGUUAGGGUUUGUUUUUUGUUUUUUGGAAGUUUACAUGUUUGUAUUUUAAAAGCUUGAUUUCAGACAAAAUCUGAAAUCAAAUUUAAACCAGUGGAAUUAAUAGACUGUCUAGCUGUAUGUUUUUACGGGAUAUUGUGGUUAGGUUUUUUUUUAAUCUAUAUAUAAUAGUUCAUUUUUACAUCAUGUUGUGCCUUUUUCCAUCUCAGCUGCA